AUGGAGCACGCGAAACCCCAGUGGAGUUGGCCAUCUGACCUCCCCAACGGCUCAGACCACUCCCAAGCCGAUACAGCCGGAUCACAACGGUCCGAUCAGCAUGACACCCAUAACCAGGACGAGAAGCAGAAUCCCCAUCAAGAGCAACCACAACCUAAGGCUCCUCCACAGCAAAAGUACUACGGCCCGCGAACAUGCCGCAUCUGCUUCGAUGUGGUAUAUCCCACCUUCGAAGAGCCAUCAGCCAUGAGCGGGUUUAUGAAUUCGCGUCAGCGACCCACUUACAAAUCCGACGAUCCCGAAUCCGGGCGCCUCAUCUCGCCGUGCAAGUGCAAGGGGUCUCAACGUUACGUCCACGAGGGUUGUCUGCAAGCCUGGAGAUAUGCCGAUUCGACGGCCACACGGAACUUUUUCGCAUGCCCCACGUGCGGUUACCAGUACAAACUUGAGCGGCUGUCGUGGGCGAACCGUCUGCAGGGCACUUUUGCACAAGUCUUACUGACCAUACUCAUCUUCUUUCUUUCGGUGUUCAUUCUCGGCUUCGUUGCUGACCCGAUCAUGAACAUCUGGGCUGAUCCUGUGGGAGCAAUUGCCGACAUGGCUGCAAAUGUGCUCGAUGACAUCGACGCUAUCCACGAACCCGCACCGGAGAUACUUGAGGAGCCUGGGACAUGGCCGGAACAUUUCUUCAAAGGUUUCUUCUCCCUCGGCCUCAUAGGAUUCCUAAAGACCCUCUUAUUCAUGUCACCAUGGCGGUGGUGGCACCUUCGAUCGGGCGGUGUUCUCGGUACGACUGGCCGUCGCGGCGGGACAGGACGCGCGCGUGCUGACGAUAUGACAAUGGCUUUCGUCAUGGUGGGUGCAGCGACCUUCAUGUGGAGUGUCUGGAAGGGCGUGAGAAAAUUCAGUGCCUCUGCGCUGCAACGCGCGAGCGACAGAGUAUUUGACGUGGGUGGUGACGGCGAUGAAGAUGAAGAUAUCAAGGAAGACUAA